AUGCGAUCGUUUGGAGUGGUGCUGGCGUCAUCGGUGAUGAUCAUCGCAAGCGCCUCGUCGAAGCUGGACGUGAUCGAUUUGCCACGAGGAUUCUUUCCGGAAGGCAUCACCAACGGCGAAGGAUGGACUGCCUUCGUGGGAUCGCUCAAGCGCACGGCACGCGUGUACGAUGAGGAUUUCACUAUGGUUGCCGAUCUGGCCCUGGCUGACGGGGGCAACUCGUCGUUUGUGAAUGACGUCAUCAUCACCAAGACCGCCGCAUUCUUCACGGAUUCGUUCCAACCGAAGAUAUACAAGGUGGACCUCGACGAGGAGACAGGUGAAUUGGUGGAUAGAUCCGCCGUUGAAACUCUCGUCCUCAGCGACAACGUUCCCGUGGUGGAAGGGGCGUUCAAUGUGAACGGCAUCGAGGUGUUGCGGAAGAACACGCUCUGGGUCGUGCACCCCUCAGGAGGAGAGAUUCUCGAGGUGUCUCUUUCGGCUGAUCUGUCGUGCGGGUCGGUGGCGCGCCGUGCACUGUCACACCCCAUGUUCGAUACCCAGACCACCGCCAUGCGCAAGGGCAACUCUCUCUACGCCGUGAAUGCCAAGUUCGGCGUUGCCGAAGAGGACGUUGACACCGCGGCGUACGAGAUCGUCCGCGUUGACCGUGACAGCGGGGAGUUGGCUUGCUAA